AUGUCUGCGCUCUCGCAAAGCGUUCGCUUCGCCGGCUCCAAAUACGCCAUACGAUAUCAGGGUGACCUCUCCUCCUCUGUGUCUUUGAAGCUGAAUUGGGACAGUAAACACAUCCCCUCCUCGGUGAUGAAUAAUUCAGUGCGAUUGCUGGGGAUGCGAGCAGCUGUGGGGGUCCGGCAGGGGGGGUACGGGCUGACACUUCGGCGGAGGCUUCCUGCUGGUUUGGCUGUCCGGAACAUUGUGUAG